CCAUGUCCAUAUCUGCUAAGAUCAACUCUCAACCCUUAUUUUUCCUCCUCUCAAAAAUAAAAAUCACAAACCCCACCAAAAAAAAAAAAACCAUUAAAAUACAGCAAUGAAGAUAAGACACUUGUGGAGAGCUCAUGGUGCAAACACUCCCCAAUUCUGCCCACUAAUCAUCUAAAAUCCCAUCCAACGGUCCAAAGUUCACUGCGAUCACUAUCCCAAUAAAAUUUAUUUUCCACAAUAACAGAAUCUCCUUAGCUCCUUCACCAUCAUUUCAAAAGACCAGAAAAGAGGUGACAAUGGCUUCUCUGUUAAUUUCCUUUGCUCCUUCUACAACAAGGGUUUUUGCAGCAACAGUUGCAAAAGUUGCAGGUGGAAGCAAAGAAGAGAAAGGGCUUUUUGAUUGGAUUCUUGGGAACUUGCAGAAGGAAGACCAGUUUUAUGAAACUGAUCCUAUCCUCAAGAAAGUUGAAGAAAAGAAUGGUGGUGGCAAUUCCAAUGGCAGCAAGAACACUGUUUCUGUCCCGCAGAAGAAGGGUGGUGGCUUUGGAGGACUUUUCGCCAAGAAAUGAAAAUAUCAUAAUUAUCCAAUCAUCUUUUUGGGGUCUCAUUGGUUUGGAAUUCCUUUUUUUUUUUUAAUCUUUGAAACCUUUCUUGAUUCUUGAACACUUAGCUGUUAUUAAUAUCCUUCAAUGUACACUACUUUUUUCUCUAUAAAUUAUGAAUUCAGUUGAAGUUAGAUGUUUGGAACUUUGAAUUUUCUGAUUUUGGUGAGUUCUUUGUUGAGAAAUUAAAACAGUCUACUACCAAGUAAAUGAAAGUAAAGUGGCAGGGUGGUUUUUGGCUGAAAGGCUCAUUACUGUUUAGGCUGUGAAUUGAUGUGCUUGUCUGCUUUAAGACAUUAGAAUAAAACAAGGCAAAGGGGACAGCAGAUUUGAUGUACAAUAUCCGAUAAAUUUGUCUGCAAAAAAAAAUGGAUUGUAUAUGGCAACAUUUCAUGCAAUAGUGAUAAAACAGAAACUGCUCUGUCCGUUGUAUUGCUUUUUUUUUUUUUUUUUAUGAAAAUGCAACUGGUCAUUUCUAAGUGAUUGAGCAAUAUAAAUGAAUUAGCUCACUAUUUGCUGACUCUUUGUUUUAACAUUUCUGUAGUUGUCAUAGAGGUAAAAGUGACAGCUUCUAACAUUAAUGAACAUGACAAAACCUAAAGAUAAUGUACUUCAUGCCUGGCAGAAAUUUAACAUUGUUCAGAAGAUGUUAGAAUAAAUCAGAGAAAAGAGAAACAUCCAGAGCUGACACAGGUUACAGAAAGUAAGUAGAAUCAUUUUUUGGCCAAUGGUAAAUGGCAGGACACUUGUCUGGAUGAUCAGCAUCCAAGCAGAUACACAAAAUUAGGUGAAAACUAUAUCAUUGUUUGCUCUCUUUCAUAGUAAUUAUUUUUAUCUUAAGAUUUGACAAGACAUCUAGGAAACUGCAAACAUUGAACAAAGAAAGAUUCGUUAGGAUCUUGUUAUAUUGAGCGUGUUUGUUU